AUGUAUUACAUUUAUUUGGCAUUUACGAAUUGUUUACAUCUUUUACGUCCCCAACGAGUAACCGGUUUUGCUUUUGCUUGGCUUGAAAUAAUUGCUCAUCGAACAUUAAUGUCUCGUUUCUUAUUAUAUGGUGGUCGAUAUUUUCGUCAAAUUCAAAAUAUGUAUUCAUUACUUCUUGUUGAUGCAUUACGUCUUGUUGCUCCAUUUAUACGUUCCGGUGAAAAUACUCAAUCAUUUCAAGCUUAUUAUAAAGGUAUAUUAAAAACAUUUAUGUUAUUAUUACAUGAUUUUCCUGAAUUUUUAUGUGAACAUUAUUAUGAAUUUUGUGAUUCAUUACCAUUAAUAUCACAUCAAUUACGUAAUAUAAUAUUAUCAUCAUUUCCAAAACAUAUACGUUGUCCAGAUCCAGUUAAAGUUAAUAUUAAAAUUGAUAUGCUUAAUGAUAUAUCAACAACACCAACAAUAUCAUAUAAUUAUUCAUUAAAUAUUCAACCACCAAAAUUUAAAACAAAUCUUGAUUCAUAUUUACGUACACGUUCACCAGUAACAUUUUUAUCUGAAUUACGUUCAUAUUUACAACAAGGUGCUGAUCCAGGUUCACAUUAUAAUAUAAGAAUGUUAAAUGCACUUGUUUUAUAUGUUGCUACACAAGCCUUAUCAACAAUAAAUAAUAAACAACCAUUAAUGUCAUCAAUAACACAUACAGCACAUAUGGAUAUAUUUCAAAAUUUAGCUGUAGAUUUAGAUACAGAAGGACGAUAUUUAUUUUUAAAUGCUAUGGCUAAUCAUUUAAGAUAUCCAAAUACACAUACACAUUAUUUUAGUUAUACGAUUUUAUAUUUAUUUGCUGAAGCUAAUUCAGAAGCUUUACAAGAACAAAUUGUUCGAGUGUUACUUGAACGACUUGUAGCAAAUCGUCCACAUCCAUGGGGAUUAUUAGUUACAUUUUUAGAACUUGUACGAAAUCCAAAUUUGAAAUUAUGGUCAAGAGAAUUUAUGAGUAUUUCACCAGAUGUUAAACGCUUAUUAGCAACACUUACUCAUGGUUUUCCACAAUUUCCAACUUCACCAAUGUCUACACAACAACCAGCUAUUGUUAAACCCUAG